CCGCCAUCCAGCAUGGCGACCGCGCCCGCCGCCCACCGUGAUCAUGGCGUGAAUGGCGUCAAUGCGUCGACCUCGUCUCCCCACAACAAGCUGCUCGACAAUGUUGCCAUGACGCCGGGCAGGCAGCCUUCACCACAACCCACUCACCUGAGCGUGCCUGGGAGCAUUCCUCACAGAGUCGUCCAUGACAGAGGUUCCGGAUAUGUGGCACCCAAGUUCGAGGGAAAAGAGCACCAGAUGGAGCAGGUUAUGGACGCUGUGGAAGACAAGGGCUUUAUCCCAGUAGACGUCGGGGAAAUGGAGACCAAAUGGUUCUACAACGAGCUGGGUAUUGAUGACAUGUAUUUCAGCACCGAGUCCGUCGAUGCCAUUGUCAGCCAUAUUCAUUCACUCUAUGCCGCGAAGAUAGCAGCUUUCGCGAGAGACGACAGGAAGCUGGAGAUUCGUCUGGAGAAAGAAGCUGCAGAUCAUGCAGUGUACAUCGACACCAGCGUGCCGGGCCUCUCCACUCUAGAUGGCUCCGGUUUCGAGACCAGACUAGAAAGCAAAUAUCUCGAUGGUAGUAGAGGUCUCAACAGCUACAGAGUGGAGUCUUUCCGAUCACCCAGCACGAUGCCUGGAGGCAACAAUGAUCAGUCGCUACGAUGCUACUUCGUAUACCAGGCGACGUUCAAGAACAGGACUCCCAGCCCCAACGAGACCAACAUUGAAGAGCUGGGAGAUGAAAGGUUCUUGCAAAAGACCACUGCAAACACUCGCGAAAUCUAUCAAAGUGUCAUGGAUGCUAUCGUCCUCCGGACUGGACCAGUGAUCGACAUGUACGAUGUCGAAGGCACGCGCGAGAAACGCCUCGUGGUUGGCUUCAGGCAGGGUUCGGCGCUGGGACUGUUCGCUGCAUUGAGUCAUCUGUACCACUACUACGGCUUGACUUCGUCGAGAAAGUACGUCGAGCAAUUCAGCAACGGGAUUACCAUCAUUUCGAUAUACCUCCGACCUGGCCCCACAGCUGUCUCCGCCAAGCACCCACCAAUCGAGGCCAGCAUUCACCAGGUCAUGAAGGAGACGUCCCUUCUCUACUGCAUUCCGCAAAACAGGUUCCAGACUCACUUUAGUAGCGGUCGCCUCUCUCUGCAGGAGUCAGUCUAUGCACAUUGCGUUUGGGUCUUUGUCCAGCACUUCCUGAACAGGCUGGGAGGCGAGUACAACACUCUCAAGUCCCUACUUGACACGAGCAACAGCGUUCACGCUGAGUUGCUUGGCAAACUCAAGAAGAGACUGCGUACCGAGACGUUUACCGCGGACUACAUCCUCGAAAUCAUCAACCAAUAUCCGGACUUGAUCAGAUCUCUCUACCUGGCCUUUGCAAAUGCACAUUAUGUUCAGACUCGUGGUGAGCAGGAUGACUUCCUGCCCACUCUGUCAUAUCUGCGAAUGAAGGUCGACAAAGUGUACACAGACGACGAGUUGGGUGCCUUGAUCGAGAAGACUGUCUCCAACGAUCAUCACAAUAUGGUCAUGACCGCUUUCCGCAUCUUCAACAAAUCCGUGCUGAAGACCAACUUCUACACGCCUACCAAGGUGGCGCUGAGUUUCCGUCUUAAUCCAUCUUUCUUGCCGCUUGAGGAGUACCCACAGCCUCUGUAUGGCAUGUUCUUGGUGGUCAGCUCAGAGUUCAGAGGAUUCCACCUCCGAUUCAGAGAUAUUGCACGUGGUGGUAUUCGCAUCGUCAAAAGCCGGAGCAAAGAGGCCUACGCUAUCAAUGCCAGGUCUCUAUUUGACGAGAACUACAACCUGGCCAACACUCAACAACGCAAAAACAAGGAUAUUCCAGAAGGAGGCAGCAAGGGUGUCGUGUUGCUGGACAUGGCUCACCAGGAUAAGACGACUGUGGCUUUUGAGAAGUACAUUGACAGUAUUAUGGAUCUACUCUUGCCACCCACGAGUCCGGGUAUCAAGGAUCCAAUCGUUGAUCUCCAUGGCAAAGAGGAGAUUCUUUUCAUGGGUCCCGAUGAGAACACAGCUGAUCUAGUCAACUGGGCGACAGAACAUGCUCGCAUCCGUGGCGCGCCUUGGUGGAAGUCAUUUUUCACGGGCAAAUCGCCGAAGCUGGGAGGUAUCCCUCACGACUCCUACGGCAUGACGACGCUCAGUGUCCGCGAAUACGUCAAGGGUAUCUAUAGGAAGCUCGAGCUCGAUGAGACACAAGUCCGCAAAUUGCAGACCGGUGGUCCAGAUGGCGAUCUGGGCUCGAACGAGAUUCUUCUUGGUAAUGAGAAGUACUGUGGCAUCGUCGAUGGCUCCGGCGUCCUGUACGAUCCUCAGGGCCUCGAUCGUACUGAACUGCUCCGUCUCGCCAAAGAGCGUAAGAUGAUCAGUCACUAUGAUGCUUCGAAGCUUUCCAAGGAGGGUUAUCGGGUUCUAGUUGACGACAACAGUAUCACACUACCUUCGGGCGAGGUCGUUAACAACGGCACAUCCUUCCGCAACACCUACCAUCUUCGAAGCCAAGAGAAGUUCGAUUGUUUCGUCCCAUGUGGCGGACGUCCCGAGUCUAUUGACUUUCCGAGCGCUAGCAAGCUCAUCGCGAACGGCAAAGCAACCAUUCCUUACAUCGUCGAAGGAGCCAACCUCUUCAUCACGCAAGAGGCCAAGCUUCGGCUCGAGAAAGCUGGUGCAAUCGUCUUCAAGGACGCUUCGGCCAACAAGGGAGGUGUCACCAGUUCCUCUCUCGAGGUUCUUGCCGCGCUUUCCUUCGAUGACGAGAGCUUUUUGCAGCACAUGUGCAUCCAAGCUGAUGGUUCGGCACCACAAUUCUACCAAGACUAUGUUCGGGAAGUCCAGGCCAAGAUUCAGGAGAAUGCCCGACUGGAAUUUGAGGCUAUCUGGCGCGAAUCUGAGCAGACUGGUCUGGCGAAGAGUUUGCUCUCUGACCAGCUGAGUCUGGCAAUCACCAAAAUGGACGAAGAGUUGCAAGGCACUGAGCUCUGGAACAAUGUCGCGCUGAGGAGGAGUGUUUUGUGUGAUGCACUGCCCAACUUACUCUUGAAAAAGAUCGGACUGGAUAAAAUCAUUGAGCGGGUACCGGACAAUUACCUUCGCGCCAUCUUUGGCAGUUACCUCGCCAGUCGCUUCGUGUACACUAUGGGCAUCUCAGCAUCGCCUGUCAGCUUCUUUGCUUUCAUGAAUGAUCGCAUGGCAAAGGUCAAUGGCAUCACGGCAUAGAUGAUUCGUCUUUCAUAGGUGAGAUGAGGCACAUUCCUUGUGUAGUCUCACGUAGUAGAAUCAAUGUCAGCGUAGAACAAUGAUGUAGAACAUCCAUGAUACGAACGGUCUUUUUGUCAGA